AUGACAUCAUCUAUGAAAGCUAUCCAAGUUAAGAAUACGGGUGGUGUAGAGGCUUUGGAAUAUGUUACCAUAGAGUGUCCUAAAAUUACCGAACCGACUGAUGUUCAUUUCUUUUUAAAACGUAAAUCACAUUUGAUUGGUAAAAAUUUUAUCAUUUCGGAUAAAUCUUUUGGUAGAACUGGUCUUUAUAAACUUCCGCUUCCAGUGGUAAUUGGUCGAGAAGGUGCUGGCAUCGUAGAAUCGGUUGGCGAGGAUGUAAAGGACGUUCAGCCCGGAGAUCAUGUAGCUUACAUUGGUCCGUCUUAUGCCGAAUAUACAAUUGCGACUUCAAAACAUGUUACUAAAGUACCAGAUGGUCUCGAUUUGAAGUUGGCUGCUGCUUCUGUUAUUCAGGGCUUAACUUCUUUGACUUUGGCAACUCAAUCUUAUGAAGUGAAAAAAGAUGAUUGGAUUCUUAUCCAUGCGGCCGCAGGUGGUUGCGGUCUUCUUCUUGUGCAACUUGUGAAAAAUCGCGGUGCUCACGCCAUUGGUACAGUUUCUAAUGCUGAGAAAGCCAAACUAGCACUUCACGCUGGCGCAGAACAUGUAAUUAAUUAUACUACUCAGAAUGUUGUUGAGGAAGUUAUGCGGAUUACCGAUAAUAAUGGUGUACAUGCUAUUUUUGAUGGUGUUGGCAAAGAUACUUUUGAAACCUCUCUAGCCUGUGCUCGUCGUUUAGGAUCAUUGAUUUCAUUUGGAAAUGCGAGCGGUGUAAUACCUCCAUUCAACCUUUCAAGACUUGCAGAAAAAAAUUUAAAGUUGAUGAGACCUACAUUAUUCAAUUAUAUUGUAACUAAAGAAGAGUUUAAAAAAUAUACAACAGAGUUGUUUACAAUGAUUAACGAAGGAAAAUUAGAUAUUAAAAUUUGGAAGACAUAUAAAUUAAGCGACGUAAAACAAGCCCAUUUGGAUUUGGAGGAAAGGAAGACGUCAGGAAAGUUGAUAUUACAACCUUAA